AAAAAGCUCACAAAAACCAUCACCUUCUCACAAGAGACUCAUAUUCUUUCCUCUGAUAAAAAUAAAAAAUCAGAAGCAAAAAUGUCAAAAGAAGUGAUUGAAGAAGGACAAGUUCAACAGCACGGCAAAGACUAUGUGGAUCCACCACCUGCACCGUUGCUCGAUUUUGCUGAACUCAAACUGUGGUCUUUCCACAGAGCUCUAAUUGCUGAGUUCAUUGCUACUCUGCUUUUCCUCUACGUCACCGUCGCCACUGUCAUCGGACACAAUAAGUUGAACGGUGCUGAUAAAUGUGACGGAGUUGGUAUUCUCGGUAUCGCUUGGGCUUUUGGAGGCAUGAUUUUUGUACUUGUCUACUGCACUGCCGGUAUCUCUGGUGGACAUAUUAACCCAGCAGUGACAUUUGGGUUGUUUUUAGCAAGGAAAGUGUCAUUAGUAAGGGCAGUGGGAUAUAUAAUUGCACAAUGUUUAGGUGCAAUUUGUGGAGUUGGUUUUGUCAAGGCAUUCAUGAAGCACCCAUACAACGCAUUCGGUGGUGGUGCUAAUUUUGUGCAAUCUGGUUACAGUAAUGGCACUGCUUUGGGUGCUGAAAUUAUUGGUACUUUUGUCCUUGUUUACACUGUUUUCUCUGCUACUGACCCUAAGAGAAGCGCCCGGGAUUCCCAUAUCCCUGUGUUGGCUCCAUUACCAAUUGGGUUUGCUGUAUUCAUGGUUCAUUUGGCUACAAUUCCUAUUACUGGAACUGGUAUCAACCCUGCUAGGAGCUUUGGAGCUGCUGUUAUUGCCGACAAUAAAAAUGUCUGGGAUGAUCAGUGGAUCUUUUGGGUUGGACCAUUUGUGGGAGCAUUGUUAGCAGCAGCAUAUCACCAAUACAUUUUGAGAGCUGCAGCUAUUAAGGCCUUGGGUUCUUUCCGCAGCAACGCCACCAAUUAAACCAACAACUAGAACAUUCAUUUGAUACUUUGUUUAUUUAAUUUAAUUCAAUCUGUGUGUAAAAGAGGAAUGUAUGGAUGGAACUCUUUAAUUAUGUUGUAUGUAUGUAUUGCUUAUGCUAGUGUUUAAUCUUAGCCUUGGAUCUGUAUUUAUUUGUAUCAUCCUUAUUAGUAUUGGUGAUGGUGAUAUUUUUCAUUUCACUUG